UCUCCUUCCGUCGGCAUGACGCUCCUCUUCCGCCCUAUGACCAUGUCGCCAUGUGUCUGCUGGCUCCAGCUCACCCUGGCCCUCCUCCUGACCCUCGCGCCGCCCAGCCGGGGGGAGAACUGCCCCGCCACCUGCCUGUGCCCGGACCCCCACACGGUGGACUGCAGCGCCCGGGGUCUCACCCGCCUCCCCGAAGGCAUCCCGCUGGACGUGCGGCGGCUGCUGCUGUCCGACAACUGGAUCCCGCGCAUCCCCGCGGACUUCCUGGUGCUGUACUCCGACCUGGUGUACCUGGACAUGCGGAACAACACGCUGUCGCACAUCGAGGUGGGCACCCUGAGCACCUCGUCCCGCCUGGUGUUCCUGGACCUGGGCAGCAACAACCUGACGGAGAUCCCCAAGGGCACCUUCGGCGAGUCCCGCUCCCUGAUCAAGCUGCGCCUGGGGAACAACCCCUACCUGAGCGCGGUCAACGAGGACGCCUUCCUGGGCCUGACGUCCCUCCGGGAGCUGGAGCUGGAGCGCAACGCCCUGUCCACGCUGCACGUGGGCGCGCUGAGCCAGCUGCCCUCGCUGCGGCUGGUCCGGCUGGAGGGGAACCCAUGGGUGUGCAACUGUAACUUUGCCAACCUGUUCGCCUGGCUGAUGGACAACCGCCAGAAGCUGCCCAAUGGUGUGGAAGGCAUGGAGUGCUCCCUCCCCAUGGACGGCCGGCGCGUCUCCCUGACGCAGCUCUCCAACGACAGCUUCAGGGAGUGCCAGGUCACCCUCACCCUGACCGACCUCCUCAUCAUCAUCUUCUCGGGGAUCUCCGUGUCAGUGGUGGCCAUAAUGACCAGCUUCUUCCUGGCCUCCACCGUGCACUGCUUCCAGCGCUGGAGCAAGGGAAGCAAGGGGGACGAGGAGGAGAGCGAGGAAUAGGACCAGGAGACUCUCUCUGAGCUCUGACCCGGCCUGGGCCGGUCUCUCUGCUUGGCUUUGAGAGGGUGACUCAGACAGGGGGCUCGGAUACAGCCACUGUCCCCCCCCCCCCCCCCGUGGGGACCCUCGGAGGAGGAGGAAUUACCGGGAAGGGGGUUGUGGAGGUUGGGACGCUUUGAAAACAUAGAAAAACUGACCACAAUGAAAAGACAAAUGGCAUUCCCAAGAAACGUGUGUAAGUCCCGAGACUUGAGUUCACACGUGACACAUGCACACAGUAAUGGAGUUCAUAAUAUGGUCUGCCAGAACCCAUAGGCCGGCCUACAGACUAGCUCUUGGACAGAAGCAGCAGUAUACACGAUGAGUAUGUUUGUGAGUACAGAAAGCACCAACUAUAAAACCAAGCUACAGUGAUGUGGAGGAGUUCUAGACGAGCCAAUAGUUCACCAACAUCUAGUCAAAAUAGUCAUCCACUUUCAGAUUCUGAAAUGUUCAAAGUGGAUCUCACUCAAGUGCGACCUGUUGAAUGACCGGAGUUGCUCAGGUCCUUGGAUGUCUUUAGGGCUUUACAAAAAUAGAAUUAAGUAAUCUUGUAUAUGACAGAAAGUUUGAUAUUCUAAAAAAAAAGGAUGUGAUAUUAACCAACGUCCACAGCAUUAGACUGCCUAAACAUGUUGAUCCGGCACAGCAUAUCGUUUUCAAUGUCUGGACAGCCUCAUUCAAUCGCAUUCAGAAAUGGAAAACCACUAGCUGGAACUGGUUUAGACCGUUGAGAGUUAGGGAAAAUAAUAACCAUGAAAUGAGUAGUAACAUUUUGUGUGUCUGGUAUUCAGAUAGGGUAUUCACAUUAAAAGUAUAUUUGUCCUAUAUUCAAACAUUUGUACACCAAAUAAAAAAAUGUAGACACCAAAUGAAACCCAUAAGAUAUACACAUCUAAAACUUCCAGAGGACAUGUGUUCCUUAGAUUGAUAACUGUGAUCGGUGUUAAACUAUAUUCAUUCACUAUCUAUUCUUGUGAUUAAUAUAGAAAACCUAGUAUUGGCAUGAAGUCCAUGCAGAACCAAUGUGGCAAACAAUGCACUUUGUGUUGAAAGUGGAACUUGGUCACAGCACGCCCCUAAUUACUGUUGUGUUGCUAAAGGCAAAGUCUGAAGGAGAGUUAUUGUGUUCAUGAGGAAGCAUGUUGUACAUCAUACUGGAGACGAGCAAAUUCACCUGUUCUAUGUUCUCCCAAUAUCUGAUAUUGUAGCUGACAUUACAAAUACAGAUGUUUUAUUAGAGCUCAGAUAUGGCGUUUAUUUUGAUUAUCUUUUUGUUUUCUUCUAGAACAGAUAUCUUAUAAACAAAAUUUAGAGAUAAACAAAAAACAACAUAAAAAGUAUUGGGUUUGUGGCAAGAUUAUUUUUAAAACAGAUCUUCCAAUGCCUUGCAGAGUCUGUCAUUCUCUGUUUGAAACUCCCCUGUUUGUUGCCUCUAGAAUCAUUAACAUUCACAAUGAUUUUAUAUUUAAGUAUGCCAGCACACCACGAUGAAUGCAUUUUUUCACCCCUUAUUCAUAAAUCUUUCUUGCAUGUUCGGGAAAUGCUUCAUUAUCAUUUGGAAAGCAUAAAACUGGAUGCCCUGAUUUAUUUUUCUCUCCCCUGCUUCUCAAAGAACCGCUAUAUUGCUGUGGUUCAUGCCGUUAUUGUGAGGCAUGAAUAAUUCAGCCAAUGUGAGAUAUGGAGCAGAAGGAAUGUCAAGCCCUUAAUACAAGCGGGCCUGGGCACCGAGCAGGGGCAGCUGGGGGAUGUAGUUCACUGUUGUAGUCAUUUCUUCAAAAAACGCGUACAAAAACCCAAUAUUUCUGUUUCAUUACAGUUCUCAUAAAAUAGUAUGUCCAUCAUCAUGCGUUUUUCAUUUCAACAUCCUUUCGACCUAGCAACACACAAUGACUAGAAUUGAUACUUUAAAUUCAAAGCAACAACAUUUUACAUUGGGCAGAUUUGGACCCAUUUAUUGGACUAACGACCACAAUGUCCUCCAAUAUCACCUGGUAGUGGUAAAUAAAGUGAAUGAGUUGUUGAUGUAUUGCAUCACUUGACUUAAGCGUUCUACAGAAAAGGCAAAACCCGGUGUAGGAAUUUCCCUUGAAUAAUUUAAUAGUAUACAUUUUUUUGUUAAAAGUCCUGGAGAAUAUUAAUACAAACAUAUUACAUCCAUUGUUCAAACUCCUUCAGGCUAUCACUCAUUCAGUCUAUCAUUUACCUUGCACUUAAUUUAGCAGUAAAUGCAUACAUUUGGUUAUGCUAGCAUGCAUUUUACAUUUACGUUUCAAUUACGAAUGGUGGUUGAGUUAGUUUUUAUAAAAAAAUAUUUUUAACUACUGUGUAGUUGUUCAACAAAAGGCAUCUAACUUAACUACUAUAUUUAAACAUAUUAGCACGCCACAUUUCUUUAUUCAUUGUAUUAGGUAACACAUAUCCACACAUAGCAUGUGAUUGUGAGAUUACCAUUUACAAUGCAGAUUUAUUGCAGUCUAUUUUUCUAUUUAAACCUUUGAAGUUGUUUAUUUACCAAUUCAGUCCAGAAGCUUCUAUUGAUAAGUGAAAUCCCAGCGUGGAACAUUUCAACAUUUGAGUUUUUAAAAAGCUUGUUAUACAUCCAGGAUUAUAUUUUUCUCAGAGUAGAGAUGUCAGGAUAACACAGAUGACAGGAAAGUAGAGAAACUGAGAUUUGGAUCGGGUGUUUACGUUAUCCAGGGCAAUGCAAGAACAAACAAACCUUUCCAGCAGAAUUAAUAUGUAUCAGUACCUGUAUCAGUGUCGGUUUAAAGAAUAAAACACAUGAACUCCUGUUUAACUCUUCUGUACUUUUUAAGUAGAUAUGCAAAGGGCUCAUGAGAACAUAAAAGCAGUGAGCAAAACAAAGUAUUAAUUUGAAUGACUACAAGGAUUACCUUUUUCAUGCAACUCUCUAAAUAUAAUUCAGUUGUGCCGCAGCUGUCAAAGAAGAUAACUGAAUGUUCUGCACUGUCUAGCAUCUGACAUAUACAAUAAAACGCUCUGGAAAAACCGUAGCAUGAUUCACUGACCUCUCUCGGUGGUCUGAAAGGUAAGGAGAAUAAUUACAAAUCAUCCUGACCAAGAACUAUUGCUGGAAUAGCAAAACAUAGCUACCCCGUUACAGUGAAGCACAGCCCUGAUACUCCCUCGUGUUCUGUGGCGCUAGAGGCAGAAGUGGAGGGUUUGUGGUUCGAGAUGAUGUGGUGCAUAGACACCAACCACAAGUAGGUCGGUGUACCAUUGCUUGUCACCCCCUUAGUGGCUCUGGAUUUGAGUGUCUGAAUAGUAAUGGUAUGGUCUUGGUUUCAUGAGGUCCACUUAAGGCUUCAUGUUUCUGGUAACUUUAAGACCAGCUUUUCUCAAAUACUUUCUUAUGCUGGGUAGGCUACACACUAAAGGGUAAUUAGCCAGAUGAUUUGACCCAGAUUAUUUGACCCAAGACAAGUUUUUGAAUGCGUGAUUGCAGUUGGAAUUGGCAAGAGUUUGGGAUUUGAGAAUCAGGAGCAGGUUUUCUGGGGAUGGGAUCGUUCAGUGUGUGGUGUGCUGCCACACACUGAACGACAUAAACAGUUAAAUGUAUCUCCAUAUCAUUGAGUGGCCGCUCAGGUUUUUUUAAAUUUUAAAAAUCAUCUAGUGUGAGCCAGGCAAAAAUUUACUGGGUAUUAGGCAGACAAUCUGCUAAAUUUGAACAGGCUGACUCUUUUUUUUUGCACAGAUCUACAUUAAACAUUAAACAGCAACAUAAGACAGUACAAUCUAUUAUAAACGUUAGCUUGUUUUAAGGUGUUAAUAACCUACAUGGAACAUUGUUCUUCGAGAACAGCAUCAAGCACUGAGCGGGCAUAAUAACAAUAAUGUCUCUGUGUUCAGAUUAACUUUAGCCAUUACUUUAGCCUUACUUUGGUCAUUUUUGAAACCUCAGCCAUCAUCACUUCCUGCCUCUGUGACUCAAACGCCCUCUACUGGUGGGGAGGCCACUUUAAAAACAAAAAUACUGGGCAUCAUAUCCAGCACAGUCUUUACAAGGACAUUAUCCUGGUAUCAGAAACUGCUUCUCUAUGGAUUAAUCAUCCUUUGUAUAACUCUACAGACCCCUUAAGACGAUGUGUUUUUCGUUCAUAGCUUUUCCUCAUUUGACCCACGAGCCAGUAACCACACAGACGGGGUGACAAAGCACACACAUGUGGGACGUUACCGAACCACUACGCCUCAUAGCGGUGGCGGCGGCGAAGGAAG